GUCAACAUUUGGAGCCGCGUUGAAUAUUAGGGAUAACUCUUUGAAAGGAAGCUGCCUUGUUAGAUGUAGGUGGUUCUGAAAUAGGUGAAAUGAAUCAGUUUGUUUUCUUUCAAAUAGCUUAAGUGUGAUCUUGAUAGCCGAGUUGGCGUUUUCCUUGGACUGUCUAAAUCACCAUGAGUAAAUCGCGUUACGUUUUGGGAUUUGAUACAUCCACAUAGACUGGUAUAACUGAAGCUAAACUUUUUAUAGUUCGAUACAAUGUAUAGAUUGAUCAUUAGUGUGAAUGGGCCAACUAUUCUGAUCCGAAAUUAAUGUCUGGGGAGACAGCCAACGAUAAGAUGUUUCGCCAAAGCAAGAAGGAAAAUAUUAUUAUUAGGAAAAGUUCCGAAUUUUAUGACUGACGUGACGCUUUGUCUUGAGAUGCAUUUUGUAUGCUAAAAUCUGUCAUUUUAAGCAAGCGUCUUCUGUGAAAUUAUCAUAAUUAAUUUGGCUAUAGUUAUUUACUGUGAUAGAGGACAUGAUGAGCCAUGCGUUUGUGCACUGUAUGCAAAUUCAUUUAGUCUUUUAAUAAGUUAGCUACAUCUUAUAGUAUGAGUUUGACCACUUACCAAUUAACAUUUGGACGGAGUUAGUGAGAAGGAACGUUUGGGUUAUGGCACAAAGGCGCACAGCUCCAUACUGAAGUGUUUAAGUUAGUCUGAAGGACUAAAAAGACCUAAAAAUACCGCGCUGGUUUCUUCUCCACAAAGAAUCAUUUGAACUUCCCACCGCAGAACGAGAGCGACAUAAAUAGUUCUGACAUGUGGAUGUAAUUUCAGAAGAAGAAAAAAAACAGACAGACGCAGAGAAAUAAAGUGAGCGGGCUCAGUUUGAACGUGUUGCGGAUUUAAAAAAGAGGGAGGGAGAGCGAAGAGAUUAUAGUUAUGAUUUUACAAGCCACUAUCAAGCUCAUAAUGAGAGGACAGAUGGAGUGAAACAUGACUAGCGCUUUUGGAGACAGUUAAAAGUAGAUGAAGUCAUUUUAACUGAAGCAUCAACCUCUGUAAAAAUUGCUUUCUGAAACGGGAUGGGAGCCACUCUAGUGUUCCACAGUUUGGGCUUUCUUCUCUUCAGCUUGGUCCUAAGUCGUGUCUGUCUGGUAGAGGCAGAUGAUGUGCUCACCAAAGAGGAACAGAUCGGCCUGUUGUUCAAAGCCAAACGGAAGUGUGAGGUAGCCAUCAGGAACAAACACAAGCCUGGUGAUGGUUACUGCUCGCCGGAGUGGGAUGGCAUUGUUUGUUGGCCUGAGGGGUCUCCUGGAAAGCUGGUGUCCACUGCCUGUCCAGAGUACAUUUACGACUUCAACCAUAAAGGACUAGCCUAUCGUCGCUGUGACAACAAUGGGACGUGGGAGCUGACCACUUCCAACAACAAGACAUGGGCAAACUACAGCGAAUGUGCAAAAUUCCUCUCGCACUAUAACCAAAAUAAUGAGAAGGAAGUAUUUGACCGUUUGUACCUCAUCUACACAGUGGGCUACUCCAUCUCUCUGGGAUCCCUUAUGGUGGCUGUGAUCAUCCUGGGUUAUUUCCGGCGGUUGCAUUGUACCAGGAACUACAUCCACAUGCACCUGUUUGUGUCUUUCAUGCUGCGAGGCAUCAGCAUCUUCAUAAAGGACGUGGUGCUGUACUCUGGUUCUGCCCUAGAGGACAUGGAAAGAGUCAGUGUGGAAGAUCUCAAGUCCAUCACUGAGGCUCCUCCAGCUAACAAAACCCAGUUUAUUGGCUGUAAAUUAGCAGUGACCCUGUUCCUGUAUUUCCUGGCUACCAACUACUACUGGAUCCUAGUAGAGGGCUUGUACCUCCACAGCCUCAUCUUCAUGACCUUCUUCUCAGACAGGAAGUACCUCUGGGGAUUCACUUUGAUUGGAUGGGGGGUCCCAGCUAUGUUUGUGACAGUGUGGGCAAGUGUGAGAGCCACCUUGGCAGACACCGAGUGCUGGGACCUAAGUGCAGGCAAUCUGAAGUGGAUUGUACAAGUGCCCAUUCUAACAGCAAUAGUGGUGAAUUUUAUGCUGUUCCUGAAUAUAAUCCGAGUUCUGGCCACUAAACUUCGAGAGACAAAUGCUGGCAGAUGUGACACUAGACAGCAGUACAGGAAACUGUUAAAGUCUACUUUGGUCCUGAUGCCACUGUUUGGCGUUCACUACAUCGUGUUCAUGGCCAUGCCUUAUACUGAGGUAACUGGAGUCCCCUGGCAGAUACAGAUGCACUACGAGAUGCUCUUCAAUUCAUUCCAGGGAUUCUUUGUGGCAAUUAUAUAUUGUUUCUGCAACGGGGAGGUCCAGGCAGAAAUUAAGAAAACCUGGAGCAGGAGGACACUAGCGCUGGACUUUAAACGGAAAGCCCGUAGUGGCAGUAACACGUAUAGUUAUGGACCUAUGGUGUCUCACACCAGUGUAACCAACGUCACUGCCCGGGGGCCCCUGGCCCUCCAUCUCACCACGCGCCUUGGGGCCCCAGUCACCGUAAACGGGCACCGGAACCUCCCGGGGUAUGUGAAGAACGGUUCCGUCUCCGAGCACUCUAUCCCUUCCUCGGGACAGGAGUUACACAUUCCAGAGGAGGAGCAGCUAUCCAAUAACACGCCACCGCAUUCUGUUGAGGAGGAGAAACCCUCGCCUGUGGUGGAGGAGGAGCGGGAGACCGUUAUGUGACGUUCAUGUGACCUCUAGUGAAAGACAGUCAUGUCAAUAGCCUCUCCGUUGUGAGGACGAUCACUGUAGAUGAAUGAGUCAUGGAACGUAGCACCAGUCAUUAUUCUCAGGAUGUUACACAGUAGGAGGAUGGCUGCCUUUCGUCGACACUGCCAGUUUUUCUCCUGUGAAUCGAGCCAGAAUUUUAGUGGGUGGAUAAGGAGGACAAAGGCUCAAGGCUAAAAGGGUACCUCAGUGUUUGAGGUGAGCCACCAACACAGACAAUCACCUUCUGUACUGUAGCAAACACCGCCGCUCUUUCUGAGACUAUUUCCACCUGCCAUACGGACAAUAAUUCAUAUUUGUUUUGUUUUAUUUCACUGACUUCAAUGAGUUGCAGCAGGUACUUUAUAUUUGAUGAAAACCAACUUGCAGAUUUUUCGCUUUUUCACAUUCUAAAGCUAUUCUAAAACUUGUGGAUCGUGAAUGGUCUGUGGCUGGACAGUAGGCUAAUGUGUCUGUCUGAAACCUACAGCGAUGAUGGUCCACAGGUCCUGUGGUUGAAGGUGUCUAACAGCAUAUGUAGGUCCUCAUUCUGGCAGGAGCAUGAUAGCUGAUGUUUAGCGGAUGGAUAAGUUAGCAUACAGCUCACUAGCUUACAUCUGUUACAUUAGGAACUCCUAGUGAUACGAGGAAAUGCCUGGCUGCAGUUGCCUCUGCCCGCAUGGUUGGGGAGAUCUCACUACAUUUCGAUUGGUUUGAAAUAUGGAUGUCAAUUCAGAAAACCUAACCCACUUUGAUGUAAAAGGGAAUCAAACUCAGGUACUCCAAACCCACCAUUCUAGUGCAUCACUUUGAGCUAGUGUGUACUGUAGUUUCAGAGGUGUGCUGGCUUCUAGUGUUGAUUUAUAUGGAGGAAGGCCAAUGGAAGACUUUUCUCCAUGAUUAUCAACUUUUUGUACAGUUUUUUUUAUUUUUGCUAUUUAAAAGAUACUAUCCUGAUAUUCAAUAGUGUAAUGACUAUGGAAGGUUAUGUUGUUUCCAUGAUGUGCUGAUGAUUAUAUUCUUCAAUGAUAAUAUUCUGUUUCACAAUAUAUAAUGCCACAAAAGUAACCGAAACAUAUCAAUGGAGUGGGAGAGAGGAUUUUAAAAAAAAUAAGCUUUUAUAUACUGUGCACUACCUUCCGAAAGUAUUCAUAUCCCUUGACUGAUUCCACAUUUUGUUGUGUUACAGCCAAAAUGUAAAAUGGAUUAGAUAAAUACAAAAUCUUACCCAUCUACACAAUGUACCCCUUAUUGACAAAUUGAAAACAAGUUUUUAGACAUUUUUGCUGAUUUAUUGAAAAUGAAAUACGUAAUUUACAGCGAUUACAGCUGUGAGUCUUUCCGGAGCUUUCUCUUAAGGGCUUUGCAGACCUGGAUUGUACAAUAUUUGCCAAUUAUUCUUUUAAAAAUGAUUCAAGCUCUGUCAAAUGUAUUGUUGAUCGUUGCAACACAACCAUUUUCAUGUCUUGCCAUGGAUUUUCAAGCAGAUUUAAGUCAAAACUGUAACUCGGCCACCCAGGAACAUUCAUUGUCUUGGUAAGCAAUUCCAGUUCAGAUUUGACCUUGUGUUUUGGGUUAUUGUCCUGCUGAAAGGUGAAUUAAUCUCUGUGUCUGGUGGAAAGCAGACUGAACCAGGUUUACCUCUCAGACUUUGCCUGUGCUUAGCUCUAUUCCAUUUCUUUUAUAUCCUGAAAAACUCCCCAGUCCUUAAUGAUUACAAGCAUACCCAUAACAUGAUGCAGCCACCAGUAUGCUUGAAAAUAUGGAGAGCGGUACUCAUUGAUGUGUUGUGUUGGAUUUGCCCCAAACAUAACACUUUGUAUUUAGGACAGAAAGUGAAUUUAUUUUUUUGCAGUAUUACUUGAGUGCCUUGUUGCAAACAGGAAAGCAUGUUUUGGAAUAUUGUUUAUUCUGUAAAGGAUUCCUUCUUUUCACUCUGUCAAUUAGGUUAGUAUUUUGGAGUAACUACAAUGUUGUUGAUCCAUCCUCAGUUUUCUCCUAUCACAGCCAUUAAUCUCUAACUGUUUUAAAGUCACCAUUGGCCUCAAGGUGAAAUCCCUGAGCAUUUUUCUUCUUAUCCGGCAACUGAGUUAGGAAGGGCGCCUGUAUCUUUGUAGUGACUGGGUGCAUGGAUACACCAUAUAAAGUGUAAUUAAUAGCUUCACCAUGCUCAUAGGGAUAUUCAAUGUGUGCUUCUUUUUUUUUACCCAUCUACCAGUAAUUUGUAAACAAUUCUAAAUACAUAAAUCCACUUUGAUGUUAUGGGGUAUUGUGUGUACGCCAGUGACAAAAUAAAACAUCUACAUUUAAUCCGUUUUAAAUUCAGGUUGUAACACAACAAAGUGUGGAAAAGGUCAAAGGGUAUGAAUACUUUCUGAAGGCACUGUAAUUGCAGCAAACUACUUUUUUAUUAAAGUUUUCAAAGGGAGGCACCCUCUCGAAAACUCAGGGUUGCAGGAAACAGUUGCAUUUUCGAAAAUAAAAUGUUAUUUAAAUGAGGAAUUGCAAGGAAUUCUCCAAUUUCACAGGAAAGUUCCAAAGGAGACUCGUGAAGAGACGGUAUGAAGGAACACCAGAACUAAAUAGCACACAACUGUUAUGUUUUUAUAUGGUCACGUGUUAUGCUGCUCUAUUUGUAUAUACAGUAUGUAUGCAUUUGCAUAAAAAGUCACAAUGUUUACAAUGAUAAUAAAAAUCCAUUCUAGUUGUGAGCUAAAAUAGCAUCAAGGGUCACGGAAAUGUAUUCUCAAUAUAAUUUGAUGUUUGUACAGACUGUUCAAAAAUGUAAGGGACGUUUUGAUGUUUGAAAUAUGUUAUAUUGUAUAUAGUCGUAUAUGUAUAGAAACUGGAGGAUAUACUGUAGGUGAGGGACAAUACUGUAUGUAUCAGGACUGUUAAAAUAAGAUUUCAGUCGAAUGCUUAACAAAGGUAUUUACAGAACAUUAGACAUAAUUAUUUGACUCAAGAACUAAAUUGCACUUUGACCCUACAGUUUCCUCUCCCACCAGUGUAUAUCCACAUUUCUACACUCAAGAAACCUUUGUGAAAAUAUGUCUAGCUACACUUUAUAAAUAUAGAUAUAUAUACUGUAUAUUUAUUAUUUGUAUUAUUACUUUUUUCUCUCUUUGCAUUGUUAUGAAGGGCCCGUAAGUAAGCAUUUCACUGUUAGUCUAAACGUGUUGUUUACAAAGCAUGUGGCAAAUUAAAUUGGAUUUUGAUUUAAAAUACCCCAGCUUUACAAGUUCAGUUCCAUCACACAGCAGUUUGUUUUCCAGCCAAUGUUCUCAGAGGGAAUUGAAGGGUUAAAAGAAUUUGUUUGUUUGUUAGCUAGUUUGUCACAGAACCAGUAUUUGUGUCUUUACACUCUGUAAAAGUAGCCUUGUCCUAUACUGUAGCUAUACUGUGCUGUAGCCAAUGCUUCCGUCAUUGUCAUGCCUUAUGUUUGGCAUGAAAAUAAACAAACACACACAGAGGAGUUUACUAAAGCACAAACAGACUGGAGCACCAGGCUAUGUGUAAAGGUGUCACAGUUCCAAUACUUUGUGUCAACCUUAUCUGUCGCCAAUAGUUAAUGUACAGUAUGUUUCAUUCCUAUCCAUCCCAAUAUUUCAACGUUGUUUCAAGGGUUGACUUAACAUAGUAAACGUACACUUGUGUUCCUCCAUUUUAGUAUGAUAUGUAUUUAUUAGGAGAACCCUUUUGGAAAACCUUUUUUUGGUUCCAGGUAGAACCCUUUUCACAGAGGGUUCUACCACAUGGAACUCAAAAGAGUUCUACCUGGAACCAAAAAGGGUUCUCCUAUGGGGACAGCCGAAGAACCCUUUUUUUUUGUUGUAGUUGCAAAGUUACUAAUUAGCUCAAAUGUGAAAGUUGUCUGUGAUGUGAUUGAAACACGCAACCUUUGGGUCACAAGAUGUUUGCAUUAUACUCCCACAUCUUUCAUUUUUAGAGUAACACAUUUCCGUUUACUAUGUUACUUCUAGUCUGAGCGGCCAGGCUAUAUGCGGCCAGGCAUAUACGGUUCAAACCUUCCCUCCAAAUGUACAUUUCAUUCCUAAUCUUUGUGGUUUCCUAUUUAUUGUCAUGGUCUUAUAUGGUUAGGGCACAUUACCUUUUACACCAGAUAAAUAUAGAGCUAAAAAUAGGAACAGAGUUCAUUUUCUGCCUUACAAAGUUAUGUUGCGUGAUAUACAGUUGAAGUCGGAAGUUUACAUAAACAUCAGCCGAAUACAUUUAUACUCAGUUUUUCAAAAUUCCUGACAUUUAAUCCUAGUAAAAAUUCCCUCUUUUAGGUCAGUUAGGAUCACCACUUUAUUUUAAUGUGAAAUGUCUGAAUAAUAGUAGAGAUAAUGAUUUAUUUAUUUCAGGUUUUAUUUCUUUCAUCACAUUCCCAGUGAGUCAGAAGUUUACAUACACUCAAUUAGUAUUUGGUAACAUUGCCUUUAAAUUGUUUCACUUGGGUCAAACGUUUCGCCUGACAACGCUGGUGUAACUGAGUCAGGUUUGUAGGCCUCCUUGCUUGUACAUGCUUUUUCAGUUCUGCCCACAAAUGUUCUAUAAGAUUGAGGUCAUGGCUUUGUAAUGGCCACUCCAAUACCUUGACUUUGUUGUCCUUAAGCCAUUUUGCCACAACUUCAGAAGUAUGCUUGGGGUCAUUGUCCAUUUGGAAGACCCAUUUGCGACCAAGCUUUAACUUCCUGACUGAUGUCUUGAGAUGUUGCUUCAAUAUAUCCACCAAAUUUUCCAUCCUCAUGAUGCUAUCUAUUUUGUGAAGUGCACCAGUCCCUCCUGCAGCAAAGCACCCCCACAACAUAAUGCUGCCACCCCCGUGCUUCACGGUUGGGGUGGUGUUCUUUGGCAAGCCUCCCCCUUUUUCUUCCAAACAUAACGAUGGUCAUUAUGGCCAAACAGUUCUAUUUUUGUUUCAUCAGACCAGAGGACAUUUCUCCAAAAAGUAUGAUCUUUGUCCCCAUGUGCAGUUUUUUUAUCUCGGUUUUGGAGCAGUGGCUUCUUUCAUGAUGAGCAGCCUUUCAGGUUAUGUCAAUAUAGGACUCAUUUUACUGUGGAUAUAGAUACUUUUGUUUCCUCCAGCAUCUUCACAAGGUUGAUUUGCACUUUUCGCACCAAAGUACAUUCAUCUCUAGGAGACAGAACACAUCUGCUGGAUGGUCCCAUGGUGUUUAUACUUGCAUACUAUUGUUUGUACAGAUGAACGUGGUACCUUCGGGCAUUUGAAAUUUGCUCCCAAGGAUGAACCAGACUUGUGGAGGUCUACAAUUUUUUUCUGAGGUCUUGGCUGAUUUUCUUUUGAUUUUCCCAUGAUGUCAAGCAAAGAGGCACUGGGUUUGAAGGUCCACAGGUACAUCUCUAAUUGACUCAAUGAUGUCAAUUAGCCUAUCAGAAGCAUCUAAAGCCAUGACAUAAUUUUCUGGAAUUUUCCAAGCUGUUUAAAGGCACAGUCAACUUAGUGUAUGUACACUUCUGACCCACUGGAAUUGUGAUACAGUGAAAUAAUCUGUCUGUAAACAAUUGUUGUAAAAUUACUUGUGUCAAGCACGAAUUAGAUGUCCAAACUGACUUGCCAAAACUAUAGUUUGUGAACAAGAAAUGUGUGGAGUGGUUGAAAAAUGAGUUUCAAUGACUCCAACGUAAGUGUAUGUAAACUUCCGACUUCAACUGUACAUGUAAGCGUGAUAUAAGGAUACUAUUAGAGAACGUGUUACCAAAAGAUGCCAUCUACGCCAACAAGGAAAUGAAAAAUAAAGUUGAAUAUCCACAUUUUCUUAUACAGUGGUUAUCUUACACCCACCUACAGCCAACGAACAUGCCACUAGUAAAUACGCUUGGUAGUAUUGUGUAUAGUAGAUACGCUAGUCUGGCCUUUAACUGUCCUUGUUUGAUUAGGAGGGGGCGACACUAGAACCAGUGUUGAUGGGAAAAUAUCAUUUCAAACAAACAUUUGUAGAUUUAUGCGCACUUUAAUACCCUAUUCCAUUUCAUAUUGAUUGUAUCAUGUAAAUUGAUUGUGUUUUUGAAUUCGAUAUGUAAAAAGGCCAUUACUUUUUCAUUUUUUUUUUACCUCUUGGAAGUAUAUAAAAUCACCUAUGAUAUUUUCGUUGUUUUUUUAUUUAUCUCAUAUUGCAAAUGUAUCUGUCCUCAGAGAGAUAGGAGUUGGUAUUUUGUUUUAAUAGUCUACUGUAUAUGCCAUGUGUGGAGAGGGUGUGACUGUUUUGUUUGAAAUAGGACACCGUACCUGGUUGAUUUCGUGUUGGUUGUGUGAAGUCAAUGUUGUAAAUGUAAACGUGGGUUUAAGAGGAAAAUGUUUUUCAGUCUUGAUGUUAAUCAUUGUAUUGUGAAUAAGACAAUUAAAAUGUACAAUUCUA